CUUUGUGUGGAAGGAGUGAGUCAGAUUUUCCUCUCAUUGUCCAGUCCUGGGAAAUUUUUAGACAUUUCAAGCUGUUUGUAGAAGUUUUUUUUUUUUUUUCAAAAGCAUUUUACAGCCCAGUGGAGACAUCACUCUGAGUGGUUUGUGGUGUAUGUAUAUCCUCUGGGGACCAGAAGGCAAGCUCCUCGCCCUGGAUGCAACAUCAGCACUGACCGCCUGCGAUGGUGGAUGAUGGUAAGGGGAUGGUGGUCACAGGAUCGUCUUGAGGAGGUGGAGAGAGCAGAGGAGGGUGGGUAGAUGGUUGUUCAGUGGGAAUCAGUAGCAUUGCAUUUUACAGGUUUCUCUGGUCGGACGGUGGGCGGAAUUCUUUUUUUUCUUCCACCUCAGAUUUCUGGAUGUUUUCUAAUGGUUAAGACAUUUAAACUUAUUGUUGACUAUUGUUGAAAAUACAGGCAAAGGAAGCUGAUCCAGAUUUUGAAGAGUCAUCCAGGAGGCCAUGCCAGGCAGCCCAGAGAACAUCCCCCUGGGAGAGUGCACACUCUCCCAGUCCAGGGACCAGCUGACACCCCCCAGCCGCACCGAGAGCACCGUGUUCAGCCUCUCUCGCAGCGAGUCCCUCUGGACCAAUGAGACCUCCCGCAGCAAAUGUGAAGUCUUCUGGUUCCCCAUCCACCUGAUGUCCACCGGGGGCAGCUUCCUGGCGUGCGGCAUCAUCAUCAGCGGCCUGUACUUUGCCGGCCACUGCAGGAAGGUCACUAACAUCCUGGGACCGGCCCUGCUGUCCAUCGGGCUGAUGGUUUUUGUGGUGGGCGUGGUCCUCAUCCCCAUCACUAAGGAGAACAGGAAGCGGUCGAACAUGAAGAGGCCCCUCACCUACUACAGGCCUCCCAUGUUCAAUCUGUGACGACACGUUCAGAAGUAACUGAACUUU